AUGGAGCAAAAAUAUUAUCGAUAUGGAAUUAAGCCAGAGUGGAUGCAGGUUAUUUUCAUAAAAUUCCAUUCUACUAGACAUUUUAAGGUACAUCGAGUGGUUAAUCAUGCGGAAUAUGAAGAUAGUGAAUUUGAUUAUCUUGUGAAGUGGCGUGAACUUUUAUAUGAUCAGACCACAUGGGAACGUGAUGAUCUCGACAUUCCUGGAUAUCAAGAUGCUAUUGCUAGAUAUUGGAAACAUAGGAAGCUAACAAUUGGUGAACCUAUUCCGAGAAGUGUUUUGGAUAAAAUUAAAAGGAAUGCAGAAAAAGAAGAUGGGGAAGCUUCCUCCUCUCCAAGUGGUGGAGAUGAUGAAGACGACGAAGAUGAACAUCAUGUGAAAAAGAACUCUAGGCGAGAAUGCAGCAAGCCUCUUUCUGAGCUUAAAAAGAAGUAUGAAAAACAACCAGAUUAUGUAGCUGAAACGGGCGGCACAUUACAUCAACAUCAAUUGGAAGGAUUAAAUUGGUUACGUCACUGUUGGGCUAACAAAAAGGAUGCAAUCUUAGCGGAUGAAAUGGGGCUGGGAAAGACAAUACAGACUCUCGUUUUCCUUUAUUCCCUUGUCAAAGAAGGAUACACCAAUGGUCCGUUUCUUAUUUCUGCUCCUCUUUCUACACUGAUCAACUGGGAGAGAGAAGCUGAAUUUUGGACGCCCGAUCUCUAUGUUGUUACUUAUAUUGGAAAUAAGCAAAGUCGUGAAGUUAUUCGGUUAGUUUUUUGUCUUUUAUUGCAAAUCAGAACUUACAAAAUUUGA